GCAAAGGGCCCACCUCUGCGUGAGCUUCCCCAGUUCAGGCCGUCCGAUGCGCCAACAACCGAGAAGGAAGAGCGCCUGGAGCUGCACUUUUUCCACCUCUCCUUGGGCAAGGUAGAUCAAGAAGCUUUCAAGACGGAGUUGAUGUUGGCGCUGCUUGGCAUCGGAUUUCCACAGGAAUUGUUGGCCAGUCUUGCUGUUGGCUUGCGCGCAGGCUCGGUGAUAGCCGAAAUCCGGGGCCCUGCGAGCAGCAUGCAGAAGUUGAAGUCGCUGCCUGUGUACAGCAUCCAUGUCAUGGGCUGCCAGGCACAGUCGGCAGCUAGUGCCGCGGCAAUGGCAGCAAAUGCCGGCGUUUUGCCGCCAAGACUACCAGCUUCAAACGAAUCCGACAAGGAUAUUCCUGGGGCUGAUUGUAUGGGAAAAGCAGAGUCCACAGCAGUGGGUUCAGCCGCACCAGUGUCGGAAACCCCCCUAACAGCAGUGACAAGCUCUCCUUGUGCUCAGCUGCCUCUUUUGGCUGAACAUUCGCAGCGAGGCACUAGUGCAGAGAGUCGCACUCCCCUUCUUUCGGGAACGCCAAACCGAGAUGCGAUCUUCUCGCCCGAUCGCAGAAGCAGGCCAACCGGAUUCCGUUCCCAGGCUGCUCUGCCAACGGAGCGGCGAAAGCGUCUACCCAGCGGGGUGCAUGCAAUGCCAGCUGCCCCCCUUUCAAGCGAGGAGCACCGAGCACUGGUUGGGCUUCCUGACCGUGGCAGACGUGUAGUAGGCCUUACGAAGCACUCGACGGUUGAUGAAAUCAUCUACGGCUUAGACUUUGACAGGUCCGGCUCCGACCCUCAUCGGGAGUACAUGAAGCAGUUUGCUGAUUUCGCUGGUGUUCCUUCAGGCCACAAGCAAGGUCCCGACAACAAGAAAAAGCGCAGAGCUGUUCUAAAUUACUGCUCACAGCUUACACACCAUGUGGACGAGAAAAGCCCGCAUGAAGAGUUCAUGCAGCGAUUUAGCGACCGGGCUGGAGCCAGGAAUGUGGAGAACCGCUCCAGGCCUUUUCGAGCUCCAGGCCUAGCACAUGUCUCAACGAUGGGGGAAGUUAUCCAUGGGAGAAGUCCAGCAGAAUCGCCACGGGGCCAACGGAUCAAGAGCUUCAGCGCGGCUGGAUGCAAGAGCGUUCCCGAGUUGGCUCACCCCGAAGGAAAAUCCAUGGUAUCAGCAACGUGGACAACAGGUACAAUGUCAGGCGGCACGUACAAAGAUGCCAGUCCGUUUGUGAAGGAGUCCGAUCAGCGAUUUGCCGACUAUGCUGGGAAGAAGGUCAACCUUGACGAGAAACCUGCCAAGAAGUGUAGCAUACGCGGGAUUUCGGUUGUGGACAAGCUUGUUUAUGGUCGUGAUAUAUCACAGCUCGCGGAAGAUCCAGUUGUAGAGUAUGCCAAGAAACACGCUGGCUACGCCGGCUUCAUGUGGAAGACGCCAGGGCCAAGCCCAGAGAAAGAAGAGUCAGAGGCCUCGGAGAAUUUCACGACGCCCACGAAUGCCCAGGUUGUGGAGGAGCAUCAAGAAGCUCGGGAAGGGCAAGAGCCCAUGGAGACAUUCAAGUUCGAGCCAGCAGCGAGGGAGUCUGCCGAGAACCCCCCGUUCGAGCCUGCGACGCUUCGACCUGAGGAGUUGGACGCAGCGGGAGCCAGCCCGUCGCCUUCCCCGAGCGUGAAAAAGCGCGUCAACCCUUUCAGGGAGAAGGGCUCUCCAGUUGCCAGCCGCGGCACCUCGAGAACCCCCUCAGUUUGCUCCUCAAGUGGUGCUGGACCCCAACGACUGCGAGCACGAGACCGGUGGAACGUAGAGGAGCUUCGGAUUUGUGACAUCAUGUCACGGUCACUCGGGUGGACAGGUUCGCAGCUUGACUUGGAUGAGAACGAUGUGGCAGAAGUGUUAACAGAGCUGUAUGGCGAGGAGCUCGAGCUUGAUGCUGUUCCUUGGACAUUUCAACUCGCAAGCCGCGGGGAGACAAGGUGCACCAGCACAAGUGACUUGCACUAUGCGCUGCGUGCACAUCACAUGUGUCACUUCUUGCCGCAGGCCACCAUGCGGACGCUGGCUACCACAAAUGUUAGCUCCAGAGGCUGUGUGGAUCGGGAGCUGUUGCGGGACUUGAUGGAAGAGCUCAACGGAGGAUACACGGUGCUUGCGGCUCAGGUCAAUGCCGUCCUCGACGAAGCUGAAGCUUUGGCAGCCUGUGGGUCUGGAAGUGGCCGUGCAUCGCUGGUUCGGGCGAUUUCAGCGUGGUACUUGAAUGUUUUGCGAACUGAAUCGCCUUGGGCAACUACCUUUCGAGCUUGCUAUGGACGCUGGGUACCAGAGAAAGGCUACCAUUGGGAGGUCUUUGCGCGCUUUCGAGUCUCUUUGACGGAGGCUGAAGAGGCCUUUCAUGAGGACGUAUGGCAGGCAGUUUGGGGUCUCAUACAGUCUGCCAUUCUCCUGCUGGCGCUGGUGUUCCCAAUCAUGUUCUUUGCUUGGUUGGUGGUUCUGGGAGCGGAACAUGGAGACGACCGCUGCCCGAAGGACCUGGACGGGCUGAUGACUUGGUUCGGGAUGCUGGGUCUUGCGCUGAUUGUGGUUGGCUUUGUUGAUGGCCGCCUGGCGCAAGAAGAUGUCGUCAAAGCGCGCCGCCCAGAAAAUGAUGCCAAGAUCUGGUGCGAAGUGGCUGUUCGCCGUGAUAUUUCUGCACCCAAGGCAAGCAUGAAGAUUUCUGAUGUGGCCGGUAGUCAGAGACUAGGCCUUUUCUGUGACGGCUUCACCUGUCAGCAUUGCCAGGUGAACGAAGGUUUUGGCGAGCUGUUAAAGCCGCAGGAAGACAUUGAACCCGGGCAAGCAGCGAGCAAUGUCCACAUAUUGUGGCCGACGCAUGUCGAGGUGGUCCCGCUGACAGAAGACAUAGGUGGUUGGCUACCCGCUUCAUUUCAUCAGAAGCUCGCCUCCGAAGCUGUCCGCGGAUGGCAGAAUUUCCGUGACAAAAUUGGCCCGGGUCUUCCACGAAACCACGAGUUGUACAGGCAGUUGAACCAAAAGCAUGCUGGUGCCCUGAACGACGCGUUCUUUCAUUACCAGCCCCUUGGCAAGACUUGGUUGGGCGAAGUGGCGAGAAUGCCCUGCCUGAGUACAACAAGCAGCAGCCCAAGCGAGUCGAUAGCAUUUGGCGCAGCAGUCAUUGAGUUGACAGAUCAAGAGCAGAGGUUGAGAUGCGACUUUCCGGCAAGUGUACUUGACAUAGGAUUCGCCGGCAUAGCCCCCCUUGGAGGAAGCCUUCUUAAGCACGAUCGUGCCUUUGCUAUCCCAUUGCGGGACGAGCUAGCCUCCGGCUCUAUCGAAAACUCCUUCGCCAGGUCCAACGAGGAGCCUUGGAACCCGGAUACGCCCCACCGUCCGGAUAGAAAGGGCGAGUGCAAGGGCAACAAAGGUCAGAAGGGCAACGAUGGCAAGAAGGUCAAAACGGGCAAGGCGAAGCAGGGCUACUCGAGGCAUCCGGCUACCAAGUGCAACCAGAAGGCUACUGGCGAUAGGGCUACUAGUGUCGAUAAGCCCGAUAAGCUGCGUGGUCCCAACGUGGCCAUGCUGGAUAAAGCUAGCGACAAUCUGCAGGCUAAGUGGGAUUUGUGCCACAUCCAUGAAAAAGAGCGAGCUUUGGCGAGCGAGUGGUUGUUUUCCCAUGUCGUCGUAUCCGCAGGCAUUGGAUCCUAUUUGGCUCGGCUUGAAGCGAAGCAUACGGAGAACACCACCGUGUACAAUCGGUCUGCAGGACAAGAAGCUUCACGGUGGCAGGAAUGCAUCCGACGAGCGCCUUCGCCAGUGUUGCAGACGGUGGCUACAGGUUCUUCGAAGGAGACCUCUGCAGAAAGAUCGGAGGAUGGCGACGAGAAGGUGGGCGAUGCAGCGAGGAUUAAGAUCAAGCACCCGCAGGGAGGUCGACCUCUGGACUCAGAGUUGGGACCAUGCGUACCUCCGCAACACCUGGAAUUUGAGAGCUUCCCUGGAUCGGAUGGUCGCCCGAGAUUGUCUUUCUCAGCAUCUUUCGAAAGUGGCAAUCUGGCAGUGGCCCAGUGUGACAAUCCCAACCAGUACACCCUGCUUGUUGACGUUGAUGCCAAUACGGACGGGUACACGCAGUGGUUCUAUUUUGCAGUACGCGGGGGAACUGUUAGUUCAAAGAUCAAUUUCCGCUUGAUCAACAUGGCCAAGUCCAGCUCUCUGUUUGGCGAUAAGGGCAUGCGACCGGUGAUUUGGAGCGAGAAGUCCGGAAGGGGCUGGGAGCGCGGUUGCAGCGAUGUUAGUUAUUCGGCAACGGAGUCCACCAAAGCAUUGACGUCACAGAAAAACUGUUUUACCCUGUCGUUUGCUUACACCUUCGAGUUCGAGGAUGACACUAUCUUCUUCGCGUACCACUAUCCUUACACAUACAGCUACCUCACGACUUUCAUCAGCACGCUGGAAGCCGAUCCUUAUGCCGGCAAGCUGUUCAGUCGCAAGCCGCUUUGCGAAACCAUAGGAGGCUUGUCUUGCGAAGCCCUGGAAGUUGAUUGCGUGGAUUCCAACGCUCCGCAGCGAGGCCUGUGCGUAUUGACGGCCAGAGUUCACCCCGGCGAGUCCAAUGCUUCCUGGAUGAUGCAUGGAUUUAUACUAUUCUUGCUCUCGCCCGCGGCUGAAGCUAUCGCCUUGCGACAGGCCUUCAAGUGGCUCAUUAUUCCUAUGUUGAACCCUGAUGGUGUAGCACGCGGCUCCUACAGAUGCAGUCUGGCUGGUACAGAUCUUAACCGCAUGUAUCUCAAGCCGAACAAAAGAAUCCAUCCAGAAAUCUAUCAUUUGAAAGAAGUCAUGAAGCGAGCUCCCGGCGGCGUGGAGAUCUUUAUCGACUUCCAUGGGCAUUCCAAGAAAGAGGGCAUUUUCUUCUAUGGUGGUAAAGCUCAUGCUGAAGACCGCAUGACGAAUGCCAGCAUACAGUUGCUGCCAAGGCUCUGUGCACUGGGCUCUUCCGAUUUCAGAUGGAACAAGUGUUCUUUCAACGUUUACGAGUCAAAGGUCUCGACAGCGCGACUGGUCGGGUUUCUGCAGCUCAAAAUCCAAAGAGCAUACACAGUGGAAGCUUCUUUCGCCACCAGUGGCAAGGUUUCCCUCGAAGAAUUGUUCGCGGAGGACGAAAAUCACGACCGAGACGAGUUGCACCACGACAAAUCUGAAGAGAAGGAGGAGGUCCAACAUACAUCGGCCAAUCAGGAAAUGGCGGAAGCAGCCGCCGCUGCUCUCCUGCAGCAGCUGGCAUCCGGCGGGGAGCAGCGCAACAGAAGGGACUCUAAUUCUGGCGCCAACCGCA